AUGUGCAGCUAUGAAAGGAAUGCAACAGAAGGGUCCAGCUACGUGCUUCUUCCAAGUACUACUGUCAAUAAAGUGGUGAAUACGCGCUACAGGAUUGUGAAGAAAACCACGGCUUCUCCAUCCAGCUCGACAUCAUCUUUCAGCAGCUCUGCUCACAGCUGGAGGACCAGAAAACUCUCAGCAUCCAGAUCUCCACUCCUUGGCGCCUCUCGGCAUUCUCCAUCCGGGAGUAAGUCCCAGGCUCCGCAGCAGCAGCGCUGGAGGAACAGGAGUCUCCGCUGUAUUGGGGGAGUCAUGUACAAGGUCUCCGCCAACAAGCUGGCCAAAGUCUCCAGCCCUCCGGCCCGGAGUGGAGAAGCCUUCAGCAGGAGCCUCGUCAGAACAGGGAGGCCAGAUUCUGCAAACAGCCCCUUCGGCUUCUCUUCGCCCAGCUGCCCAAGCCGGUCCACCCCAAGCCGCUACAUUGCAAGCCGAGCCGUCCAGCGCAGCUUGGCUAUCAUUCGCCAGGCCAAGCAGAAGAAAGAGAAGAAGAAAGAAUAUUGCAUGUAUUACAACCGCUUUGGAAAAUGCAACCGCGGUGAGAAUUGCCCCUACAUCCAUGACCCGGAAAAAAUAGCGGUCUGCACAAGGUUCCUUCGAGGCACGUGCAAGAAGACCGACGGAUCGUGCCCGUUCUCACACAAGGUUUCAAAAGACAAGAUGCCAGUGUGCUCUUACUUCCUGAAAGGCAUCUGCAAUAACAGCGACUGUCCAUACAGCCACGUCUAUGUCUCCAGGAAAGCUGAGGUCUGCCCUGACUUCCUGAAGGGCUACUGUCCCCUGGGAGAGAAGUGCAAAAAGAAGCACACCCUGGUGUGUCCGGACUUCUCCAAGCAUGGGAUCUGCCCCAGAGGCUCUCGUUGCAAACUGCAGCAUCUGCAGCGGAAGCACACAGCCGGACCAUCCAGCACCAAAACCGCCUUCCAGCGAAGCUCCUCUGAGCCAAAGCGGGGCCGCCCUGGAGUAAAGACCACCAGAAAGGAGGAGGGAGAAGAAGAAGAUGUUGAUGAUGAUGAAGAACUAGCCGGACCCUCCCGAUCUGAUCAGGAGGCCUGGCAGCCCCGAUGCCACUCGCACACCAGCAAACUCUCCAAACUGCCAUCCUUCAUCUCCCUCCGGUCACCCCCAACUUCUCCAGAGGAGGAGGAGAUCCAGAAGCCAGAGAAGGACAAGCAUGCGGAGGAAACAGGGAAGCCGCUGCAAAUCAAACCCCGCCUUUGACCAGUCCCUUCCCUUUGGUCCAAGCGCCACGCGUCUCAGGGAUUGUGAAGCUCUUCCAGAAGAACUACCUCAGAAGAAUACCGUUUGGAGCUGAUUUUGGGGGGCACACAGAGACUUCUUGCCCCUUUGGGGUUCUUUUCAGGGGGGAAGUGGGCUGCCCACCUGAGGACACCCCAGUUCCCCCCGCCCCAAAGGGAAGGAGGGCAGUGUUAUGGUUUUAUUUUCAAAAUAAAGGUUUUCAUGUC